GGGCGGAGGGGGCCGGCGACUUCCGAGCCAGGGUGCGGGCGCGUCGGGCGCUCCGCAGAGCUCAGCAUUCUCCAGGUGAAAAGCGUGCCGGGCGCCCGAGGCGAGGAGCCCCGGGCGGAGCCCAGGGCGAGCGGCCGCGGCUCCUCCCCCAGCGCCUCCGCUUUCGGGGUCAGAUACCGCGCUGGACCUCGAGACCCGCGGGCUCCCGGGCUCCAGUCGGCUGGCCGCUUCCCACCCGUGCGCUCGCGGGUCCCGGUGCCCGGCUCCACCACAGAGGCCAGGGCUGCCAAUGCAGAAAUAAAAAAGAAGACAUGCCUCAUUCAACAAACAAAGAAUUGAUACUUGGUCUCAUGGUAGGAACUGCUGGAAUCAGCUUGCUGGUUUUAUGGUACCACAGGGUACGCAGACCAAGGGCAACAGUGACUUUUCCUAAAUUUCUUUCUCUGGGUAAGACAUUCAAUUCAACUACCUUGCAAGAUGAAAUGCAUGACCAGGGGACAGCAAUGGUCUUUCAAAGAAGGCAGCUUCAGAUACUGGAGAAGUUGAAUGAAUUACUGACAAACAUGGAAGAACUCAAGGAGGAAGUCAAAUUUCUUAAAGAAACGAUUCCAAAGCUGGAGGAAUAUAUACAAGAUGAACUUGGAGGGAAGGUAACCGUUCAUAAGAUAAGUCCUCAGCACAGAGCUAGAAAAAGAAAGCUGACAGCAGUUCAAAGUUCAGCCACAAGUAAUAGUUCAGAGGAGGCAGAAAGUGAAGGAGGCUGCUGCAAAGAGGACCAGAGCUUCCAUCUUAAUUAUAUUGAAGACCAAGUUAAUUCAGACCAUAAGCAUCAUGGAGCCUCUUAUAUUUUAAAGCCAAAACUAGCUCUGGGUCUUGUGACAUGCCAUCCUUCUUCAACAAGCAAACCAAGUAGAAAAGUCUCUUCCACAUUGUAUGCAUCUAAUUGCUCCUUUCUCUCUGGAGGAAGACAAUCUUUAUUGACAAAACUUCAGAAGAGGAAUAAUUUCCCUUGGAGACAACAAAGUAGAACUAACUUUGAUUUUCAUGAAGACAUAACUGUUCAUAAUUCAAAAUCUUCAGAUCAUUUUGGUGCCGUUGGAACCCAGAAAUGCUUUUCAUCCCAUAAACUAAGUAUAGUUUCCUGUUACAGGAGGGCCACUUUCUUGGACACUUCACCAAAUAGUCAGAACAUGCCUAAUGCAAAUGAAAAUCAAGACUUUUCUAAAAAGUCAGUUACUACAUCUGGUCAAAAACGGAUACGCUUCUCUGAUCCUGAAUAUAGCAGUAAAUACUUUACAAAUUUUGAAACCAAGGCUGUUUCUCCAGGCCACUGGGCUAUUGAGAGAGACUCUUUUCAACCGAGCCUGACAUCUGUCUUUUCUCUUCCAACUGUUAUUUCUUCUUCCAGUCAGAUAAACGGUUUUGCCUCCAGUAGUGAAGAAAACCAACUAAAUAAAGAUUCAGAAGAUGCCCUUCAUCACAGGUCUCAGAGUCAUAGUCCAAAUUACCACCCAGCUGCUAGUCAACGGCUUCUCUCCCAAAAUGUAGCUUUCUCUAGCUUCCAAAAUAUCGGAUUGUCUUUACCAUAUAAAAAUGCUGAUGACUUCCAAGCAGCUCAAAUUGAAGUUACCUCAGGCCCCUUUGAACAAGAAAACUUCGCUGCUUUUCCUCAAGAUGAAGACAGACCUCCGCCGAUUGAAAUUGCUGAAAUAAGGUAUAUUACAGCUAAUACUGACACGGAAGAACAGAGUUUUCCAGUCCCUAAGGCUUUUAACACAUACAUAGAGGAAUUAAAUUUGGAUAUCCUCCUUCAGAAAGUAGAUCAUUUGCGUUUAAAUGAGGCUGGCAAAACGGAGAGUUUUGAACUACUUUGUGACCACAAAGAAAAGUUUAACAAUGAAACAGAGUUUAUGUGGAGGCUUGCUCGUGCUUAUGGAGACAUGUAUGAAUUAUCUACAAAUAAGCAAGAAAAGAAAUAUUAUGCUAAUGUUGGAAAAACUUUAGGAGAAAGAGCUAUUACUAAAGCACCCCUGAAUGGACACUGCCAUCUAUGGUAUGCAGUUUUGUGUGGCCAUGUAUCUGAGUUUGAAGGAUUACAAAACAAAAUUAACUGUGGACAUUUAUUCAAGGAACAUCUAGAUAUAGCUAUCCAACUUUUACCUGAAGAACCCUUUUUGUAUUACCUCAAGGGAAGAUACUGUUAUACUGUCUCAAAACUCAGCUGGAUUGAGAAAAAAAUGGCUGCUACCCUGUUUGGAGAAAUACCAUCUUCAACUGUUCAUGAAGCUUUGCAUAACUUCCUUAAGACUGAAGAACUACAACCUGGUUAUUCUAUGUCCAACUAUAUGUAUAUGGCCAAGUGUUAUGUUGAUCUUGAGGAACCUCCGGAAGCUUGGAAAUUCUGUAACUUGGCAUUAUUACUGCCUCCCGUUACCAAAGAGGACAAAGAUGCACAUAAAGAGGUGAAAAAAAUAAUCAGUUCUUUGAAGAGGUAAAUAAAAGAACUUAGUCUUCAACAAAUCCAUAUGGUCUGCUAAAAGUUAAGUUUAUCAGAAUUGUAUUUUUAUAAUCCUAUUCUCCUUUUCUCUGUAAAGAUAAUAUGUUUGGGUUUGAUUUGAAGGUAUAACUAUGUUUUCUGUAGAAUGGAUCCCACCAGCUACACUACAAAACAAAUCAUGUUAUUUGGAGAAUCUAUUUGCUCUGAUGUUAGUAUGCAAUGAGCUAUUUAUGAACAUUUAUACUUUAUGUUUUUCCUGACAAUAAACUACAGCCUUCAGAAUGUUUGUGUAAAAAAUAAUUAAAUCAAUCUAAAAUAGACUCUAAUGAAUUUUAUUGUUUCAUUAGACUUUAUGAAACAAAAUAAUAAGGAUGAAAUGUGAACUAUGAGCAUAGUAGAAAAAAGAAGAAAUAUAGCUAGUCAUCAGAGAAAUGUAAAUAAAAUUACAAUAAAAUAUUGCU